GUGCGAAAGAUUCUGCUCGAAUGGCUUCCUCGCCUGCUGCGCAUGUCGCGACCCAUCGACCGCGCACACGCCAAGCAGCUGAUGAUCAACGCCAAGCUACGCGAGCUCGAGCUGAAAGAGAGAUGCUCGCGAAGUCUGCUCGCCAAUGUCCUCGACAUCGACGACGACUUCAAGGUCGGCAACAACUCGUCGUCGUCGUCGCUCGGCAACAGCUGCUCGCGAGCGGCGCCGACGUCCGGCGGCGGCGGCUACGAUGCCGACAACAAUCUGCACGGGGUACCCGGAGGCGGAGGAGGGGUAGGCGGCUCGGGAGGAGGAGGGACGAGGAGCGAGUUGACGUAUAUUCUGCGGGAGAUGCGCUACAUCACCGACUACAUGCGACAGGACGAUUCGAAUCGGCUGCUGUCGAACGACUGGAAGUUUGCGGCGAUGGUUGUCGAUCGUAUUUGUCUGUGGCUGUUCACGAUCUACACGGCCGUGUCGUCGAUAGCCGUCGUCUCGCACGCGCCGAACCUGUUCAGCUGA